AUGACGAUGAUGAUGAUGAUGAUGCCCACUCACUCUCUCAAUCUCCUUCCCAAAUCGCAAUUGAAUUUCCCCGCUUCAUUCAGGUUUGAUGCCUUCUCUAACUCGUCGAAGCUGUCAUUUGGAGGAUCCAGGAGGACUCACCGGCGACAAAACCUCAGCAUCCGAUCCGUUUUCACGGGAAUCGUCGAAGAAAUGGGCCACGUCAGGAAUCUGGGAAUUGCCGACCACGGCGGAUUCGACCUCAAAAUCGGCGCCAGGGUGGUCCUCGAGGACGUGAAGCUCGGCGACAGCAUCGCCGUCAACGGGACUUGCCUUACGGUCACGGAAUUCGACGCGGAGGAGUUCACCGUCGGGUUAUCACCGGAGACGCUGCGUAAAACGUCGCUGGAGGAGCUGGAGAGAGGAUCGCCGGUGAAUCUGGAGCGUGCGCUGCAGCCGGCGAGCCGGAUGGGCGGGCACGUGGUGCAGGGACACGUGGACGGGACGGGAGUGAUAGUGUCGAUGGAGGUGGAGGGAGAUUCGCUGUGGGUGAAGGUGAAAGCGGACAAGGGUUUGCUCAAAUACAUAGUGCCAAAGGGAUACGUGGCGGUGGAUGGGACGAGCUUGACGGUGGUCGAUGUCUUUGAUGAAGAGAGCUGCUUCAAUUUCAUGAUGGUUGCUUAUACGCAGCAGAAUGUGGUGAUUCCAUCCAAGAGAAUUGGCCACAAAGUGAACCUCGAGGUUGAUAUCAUGGGCAAAUACGUUGAGAGGCUUCUCUCCAUUGGCGGCUUCUCUAUGAACAUUGCUCAGGAAAAGAAGGGAUGA